AUGAAACUGUCGAUUAAUAUUCUCCUAGUGUUGGUGAGUAAAUAUAAUUUUCUUAAACAAAAAUUAUUUUUAAUCUAAUUUCUUUACUUGUGCAAUAGGUGGGAUUCUUAAUAGUUUUCAGCUUUGAAUCCGGACAAUGCAGUCAAAACGAAAUCGUACAACAGGUAAUAUUAAAUUCUAUUCCUACAGUAUUUUAAUUUAGUUUCAAUUUGUGUCUGAAUGCAUUACCUAUAUAGACAAUUUUUUAUUUUUAGUAUUUCGUGUAAACCGUGAAUCGUAUAUUUUCACUUAUACGAUAGUACGUUUAUACACAUGCAUAAAUUCUUGUAGAAUGUAUAUUUAUUUUGAUUUUAUUUUUUUUUGUAAUUUUAAAGGAAAGACUUGACUUUUGGAAUCCUUUCGAUUGGUGGCGUAAACAUUAUCAUAGAAAGACAUCUACUACAGAAGAACCGAUCACUUCUGAAUCACCAUUUACCGAAGAAACCACUCCUUAUGUAGGACCAACCAUUACUGAAGGACCAAUAACUGCUACCGAAGAUCCAAGUACUACCGAAGAAUCGACCACUACCGAAGAACCAGCUACCACUGAAGAACCGACCACUACUGAAGAACCAACUACCACUGAAGAACCGACCACUACUGAAGAACCGACCACUACUGAAGAACCAACUACCACUGAAGAACCGACCACUACUGAAGAACCAACAACUCCAGAAGAAUCGACUACUACUGAAGAACCAACAACUCCAGAAGAAUCGACUACUACUGAGGAACCAUCAACUACUGAAGAACCGACUACUACCGAGGAACCAAUUACUACCGAAGAACCAACAACUCCAGAAGAACCAUCUACUACUGAAGGAUCAACCACCACUGUAAAGCCAACUACACAUAGUCAUCAUACCAGACAUACAUGGAGGUGGUAUAGCAAUUAAUUGUUCUUCACUGUUAAUAAUCAUGAAAAAUGAAAAUGGAUAAUUUGGGUAAAAUAACCUCUAAAAUGUAUGUUAAUAUGUUAUGACGGUUAAUUUUCAAAAACAUACAUAUAGAAUAAACAAUAAUACACAACAUUCAUUAAAUUAAAUUUUUACUCUAAUAAAACGUUUUAUUUAUUUUCUUGUCCUUGAAUUGAAACCAUUUUUGUUGCCUUUGGUGUAAGCCAAAAGUUUACCAGACAAUUGAAAAACUGAAAAAUAGUAAUAUUUUGGUUUUAUUGUGUUAAAUGAGUUAAAAAAAUAAAAUCAAACAAAAAUGGUAUAUUUUGAAUGUGGUAUAUUUGAAAGAAUGUAAAUUUACUUUUAAAUUGUCUAUACAUAAUAUGAAAGUGAAAUUUAUUCGAAUUUUAAGCAAAAAAAUUUUGUAUAUGUUUUUAUCUCUAUCGAAAUUUCUUACCGUAGGUAACUUUUUGUUAAAGUGUCUAACGCAUUUUUGCUGAUUUGAAGAACCUAAACUUUGUAACUUACCAUCGUUUCGAUUAACUAUCUGGAAAAUCGUAAUUUUAAUUAUUAUUAAUAGUAACAUACGAGUACAGUUUUGUUUUAAAAAUCAUUUUUUACUAUGUUAUUACUUUGUUUCUAUAAUUAAAUAAUAUUUUAAGAUUUUGAGAUGAGUGAGGAAUGUAUGGAUUUAUAAAAGGUUUUACUUUUUAAUUUUAAUUCUUUUUGACAAAACUUAAAAGUUGCUAGAAAACUAGAAAAGUUUUUGAACCUUUUAAUUGUUUGAAAUACGUUUAAAAAAACUACAUAAGUAAUAAUAAUAAGAAUUAGCUUCAAUCGGGUUGCACCGACUAUAAAAAAUAAAAGUAUUUGGAUAACAUAGGGAGUUGGGUGAAAAUGUAUUAUAAUAAUUUAUAGAGAAUGGAAGGUUUCAUUAUAUUAUAUUUGAUAAUACGUAUUAAUCCUGGACUAAAUAUAAAGACUACGCGUAAUCGUAGUUAGUAGGUACCUAUACCAAGUUUUUCUUUGUGGAACGUCACAUAAUAUUAUUAUUUGGCCGCGGUUUACAAGCCUCGGAAAAUAAAUCAUGAGGUGGCUUAAAUUAUUACAACUUUGUUUUAACGUGUUUAUUUAGUGUGUUUUAAAGCGCAUUAAACCUAUUAAAAGUUCCAUUGUCUUCAAACUUUACACGCAUAACUAUACAACAGAUAAAUACACAUAAAGUGGAGACCACAUUUACAUUAUUAUUUUCAUUAUUGCGGUAUAGAUUAGACAUGCCAAUAAAAGUUUUAAUCGAAUCGAUUUGAAAUAGGUGAAACGAUAAAUUUUAUAAGGCCAGUUUUUUUUAUUUAUUUUAAACCGCAAACCGAACUAAUCUAUUCGAUUACUUCAACAAUAACCUAGUGGUAUUUUCGCUCAGAUAAUUUGCUAAUUCUCAUAUACGACAUUUCAACGACUCUCUUUGUUUUUUUUUUUUUUUUUUUUUUUUCAGAGUGCUUGUUCAAGUUAAUUUUAAAUAACACGAUUGUUGACAAUAUUAUACAUAUAAAAUUACCUCAAAAAGUUUAGUUAAAAAAAAAAAUACAAAUUCGGCUAAUGUACAUCUUAUGUCGUGUUCCGAGUGUAAUCGGUUCCUUGUUUUGUUAAUACUAAUUAUACAAAGGAAAUACAAUACAUAUAUAUAGAAAAAAAAGGACAGACAUACUUCGCAAGUGGGCACAGGCAUUGUUGUAGGUGGAAAGUUUGAAAGGUAGGGUACAGAAGAGAAUUUAAUGUAUAUUUGUAAGCACCAAUAAACUAUCAGUAGAGAAUAAACGAUUCUUAUCGUAGUUCAGUUGAUAGUGUUGCUUUGUCAACAAUAUAUAUGUUAUAUUAUGGUAAAAUGAUUAAAUAGGCAUUAAAUAUUUUCUUUAAUAAUAUUUGUUUAUCAUUGAACCAAUUUUCCCCUGAUUUUUCCCAUUCAUUAGGAAAACUCCUGGAAAAAACUGAAAAACUACUUCUUUAAAGUAACUUCUCAGUAAGAUUUACCUUCAGAAAACUUGCUAUCAUUUAAAAUCGUAGCAAAAUUUACCUGGUAAAAAAGUUGUAUACUGAGAAAAAAAGCCAUAAUAUUUUUUUACUGAUACCUAUAUUUCAUAUAGACGUAUAAUUCCGUUUUUCCGACAUUCUAUCCAGGAUUUUUUCCAGAUAUUAUGAAAACUGGUUGAAAAUUUAAUAAACGACUUCUCUAAGUUAUUAUGGAAAUAAGAUGUGCUAUCAGAAAAUAAGCUACACUUGAUAUAUCGGAGCAAGAUUCCUGAUAGUUUGAUAGUUCGCAAAACAAAUCGAGGGAUAUUUUGUAAUUAAAAUAUUCCAAGAAAGCUAUAACUUGUGUUUCUAGGUACAUAUAAAAUGCAUUUGUUUUUUCCUUGUUUAGGAAUAAGAAAAAAAAAAAAAAUGCAAAAAAUUAUUUUUCGGUCAGUGGUGUGAACUCGGAACUCCUUGAUUCUAAAAGGCAUAAACAACCGUUAGAUCACGACAAAUAUACUUUAAGAAGGGCAAUAUAAAGUUAAAUUACAUAACAUAUAAUAUAUGCCUAAUAUCAGGACUUCAAAAAUCUAUAAUUUCGAAACAUAUUUGGUCCGCUUAAUUCUGAUUUCAUCAUCGUUCUCAAAUCGGCAAUAUACAUAUGUUCAAAAAAAAAAAAAAAAAUUAAAAAAUUAGAUUUGUUUCGCAUUUUCCCGACAAAAUUUGAUAUUAAAAUUCUCUUAUAAAAAAAAAUACUACAUUAAACUCAAUUUAUUUUUAAUCACAAAUUGAGAUUCUUAAUAAACCUCUAGUUAAAGUUUGAAGCAUUUCUGUUCAAGUCUAACAAUUUUACCACAGAGUAAAAAUUACGUACAUAACUUUUAUUAUUAAAAUGUCUAUAAAUACCUCAAACAUAACUUGAAUUGCAUGAAAAUUUUACCACGGUUAGAAAAUGCAAUUAUAAGUAUUUUAAUCAAAUUUUAAAUCUAUAUAAUAUAGAUUUUUUUUUUUUUUUAAAUUCCCUGGGGCUUUAUAAUUUAGAUACGAAUAUUUUUACCUGUAUUUCAACAAAAAUAUUAAUAUUUUUUUAAAAAGCUUAUGGACCAUAUGUUUUAAACAUUUUACCAUGUAUAGAAAGACAAAUAUGCGUUUUCUGUCCAAGUAUAAAGUCUCUAUGAAUAUUUUUAACUGAAUUACAACAAAUAACAAUUGAAAAUUAAUAAAUACAUUUUUGUGAAUUUCCCGUUUUACUUAUGUUUUAUCUGGGUUUUUCCAAGAUAUUAUGAAAACCGCUUGGAAAAUCAAAAAAUUAUCUUGAAAAGUUUAUUAAGACAACAUUCCUUUUCGGAAAUAACGCUUUGCGUAUAUAUCUGAUCAAGAUUUCUGGUCAAAUUUUUGUGCAAAGGAUAAAAAAAUUAAAAAAUUAACAUCUUGGUAAAACUUACUACACUCAGAAUCUAAAAUUGUAUUAUUAUUUCAUUUUUCUUUUUAAUAAUACUACAACCAAAACACGAGGUAACUCAUGCUUUUAAUAACAUCACGAUGCAAUAAUAUAAUGGUAGUAAUUUGAAAAGGUAAUUAUUCGUUACUUUACGUCGAAAAUCGUUUUAAAUUUUCCGCAAACGCUAAAAGUUUCGAAUAUUUUUCACGGUAAACUAUAAAAACGUUCGGUUUUGUUUUUUAUUUUCUAACGUAACGGUAAAAGUAUAUGCAUAAUUGUUUAAUGAGCGAAAAAAAUGAUUAAAAAAAAUUAAAAAACAAACUUCAUAGUAACACAACAACAUGCCAGACUCCUAAUGGAUGUGAUAUUCCUAUAUUUUUAUUUCGAAAGUUUUUUCCUUUUUAUAGGUGACACCAAACUAUUGUUAUACUACUAAAUUAUUACUAUUCGAUGCAUCAUUCGUAACGUGUCACAUUGGUGGACCCACCGCAUGUAGCGUAUUAAUAUGAUGUGACACAUUAUCCCUAAUAUUGANUUUGUGUCUGAAUGCAUUACCUAUAUAGACAAUUUUUUAUUUUUAGUAUUUUGUGUAAAACGUAAAUCAUAUAGUUUACUUCGUACAAUAUUACGAUUAUAAAUAUAAGUCAAUUCUUGUAUCUAACAAAAAUCUAGAAGGUAUAUUUAUUUUGAUUUUAUUUUUUUUGUAAUUUUAAAGGCAAGACUUGACUUUUGGAAUUCUUUCAAUGGGUGGCGUAAUAAUUAUCAUAGAAAGAUACCUACUAGAGAAGAUCUCACCACUUCUGAAUCACCAUUUACCAAAGAAAUUACUCCUUUUGAAGAACCAACCAUUACUGAAGGACCAAUAACUGCUACAGAAGAUCCAAGUACUACCGAAGAACCAACCACUACUAAAGGACCAAUACCUACUAAUGAAGAACCGACUACCACUGAAGAUCCAAGUACUACCGAAGAACCAACCACCACUAAAGGACCAAUACUUAAUGCUGAAGAACUGACUACUACUGAAGAUCCAAGCACUACCGAAGAACCAACCACUACUAAAGGACCAAUACUUACUAAUGAAGAACCGACUACUACUGAAGAUCCAAGCACUACCGAAGAACCGUCUACUACCGAAGAAUCGACUACCACUUAAUAACCAUCAACUACUCAAUAACCGACCACCACUGUAAGGCCAAUUACACAUUGUUACCAUAACAAACACACAAAAUAAAAAAUACGAAUUGGUAAUUUAAGUAAAAAUGUACACUAAAUUAUAUGUUAAUAAGUUAUGACAGUUGAUUUUCACAUAAAUAACACCAAAAAUACAUAUAGAAACAAAACAUCCGUUGAGUUA